AUGACUACUCCCCCAGAGUUCGCGCCCUCUUGUUCUGAAGUUAAGGACCAGACUCCUAAAGCGUUACCGAACAUAGGCACAGCGCUCCUCUCCGAGUUGCUGAGGCUGCAGUCCCUCCGCUCAUUCUCUACCUCUGGCCUCCUUCUGGGGAAAGGUCCAGGGACACUGCCCUCAUUGCGUGUUCUUGACACAGGGUACCAAAUGGAGAAAAAGUUGCUACGGGCCCAUUGCAAAAGAUUUGACGAGAAAUGGUCAAGAACUGACAGAGAUACCACUCCAGUGUCAGCUCUGCACAUGAUCUGCGUUUGGGAAACGGUCUCCAGUGCCUCACAGACAUCUUAG